AUGGGUGACAAGAUUGAAUCCUCCACCAAGCAGCCACAAUCUGCUCCUCUUCACCCGGUCUACACGGUUACCGACAUUCAAAAGAAGGUCCGUGUUCUUGAUGGAUCUAAGGUCACGUAUUCUGCGUGGGUAAAGCUCUUCCAGCUUCAUGCACGUGGAUACGAGGUUUUGGAUCACAUCACGAAAGAACCGCCUCCUAAGGAAGACCCCACGUAUGAACAGUGGGCGAAGAUUGAUGCUAUUGUGCUCCAGUGGAUCUACUGUACCUUAUCCGAAGACUAUCUCCUUCGAGUUCUUGAAGCCGAGUCAACUGCUCUAGAAGCCUGGAAUCGUGUCAAGGCUAUUUUUCUCAACAACAAAUGA